ACUGAUGUGUGACCUCCACCCAUUUCAGUAACUUGAGGACAUCUAGUCUGCAAGUCUCAGUAUGCUGUACAAUGCUUUAUUAUCAAUAACGGCAUUUAUGUUUUGUCUUAGUCUUUUCCUGGUGCACAGAGCCAGUGUUUUGCAAAAUGAUUUUCAAAAACUCCAAGGGGACUUAAUUCUACAAUUAAAUCAGCCACGUUCUGAGGGAGUCAAUGGGAAAACGGCCAAGAUGUCUAAAACAAGGGAGGACAUUAAGCCAAGUACUUUCCAAAAAGCUCAGAGUUCUCUGAAGAUGUCUUCUAGGAGGGUAAAACGGGAACAAGGCAGCUGCAGAGGUCCAACAUCAUUCCUGCAGUUAACUGCUAAUACUAACAAACAACCAGACAUAAGAGGAAAUAUAGCAGUGAUCCCUUGGACUGUUUCUGCGCAGCAAGGAAAUGCAAUUUCACAAAGGGAAAACAGAAUUGUUGUCCAAGAAGAUGGUUAUUACUUGGUGUUUGGACAAGUAUUGUGUCACUGUAACUCAAGCAUAACUAAGUUGAUAUUACAUCUGAUUUGUUCCAGCUUUUCAGCUAAUGAUCUGCUUAAUUCACAGGUUUUGUUCAAAAGCCCAAGCACAGUUAUGGGUUAUAUUAUUCGAAGUUGGGGCUCCACUAAUGCAGAGACAUCGACAGACCUCUUGCACUGCCUGCAAGAGAUGCCUGAACAAACAAAUCCUGCCAACACAUGCUAUGCUGCAGGUAUUGUGCAGUUGCAUCAGGACGAUGAGCUAGAGCUGGUGAUCCCAGACAGGCCUGAAGCCCUCAUCUCAAUGGAUGCAGAAUGGACCUUCUUUGGUGUCAUACAGCUAAACUGAAACAAGACAGAACGAGGACGAUAACUACUCAGCUUAUUAUUGCAGGAAGUGGGGAGCUGACACUGAGCUGUGUGAGGGCAUGCUGAUAAAGGACUGAGUGACAGCAGCAGGAAAACUGUUGGAACCAGUUAUUAAGCUCAGGAAAUUGCAUAAUGAGCUUUUUAAAUGAACUGCCCAUUUCAUCUGUUAGGCCCUUUUGAAGCCAGUUACUUUUAAAAUUCUUUAGACUUAAAGCAUUAAAGUGUGUAUUUCAGGUAGUCCACCUGGGCCUGCCCCAUUGUAUUGCUUAUGUGCACUGCCACCUCCUUUCAUCAGUCUAUUUUUUGCAUGUCUCUUUAUACCUCGCUGGGGGCUUCCCUCCAGCUCCAUCUCUGUUUAUUUGUUCCUCUCAUCUAUUUUUGAAUGGUUUCCGUUUUCCUAAGACUAUGUCAGGAACAAACAAAGGUAUAAAUUUAUAUCGCUCAGGAGGUGUUUUCCUGGUUGACAUGCACCUCCUCAAUACUGUAAAUGCUUUGAUAUAGCAUGAUAGAACUAAAGCUGUAAUAAAUGGGAUAAUACGCCUGAGUGAAAACAAA